CUGGGACCGCGGCGCCCGGGCUCGGUGCGCGACCGCCGCUCUGCUCGUCUGCUCUCCGGGCUGCUGCGGCCGAACCGACGGAUUCACAGCCAUGUCGGGGUUCAGCCCCGAGCUCAUCGACUACCUGGAGGGGAAAAUUUCCUUUGAGGAGUUCGAGAGGCGACGAGAAGAGCGGAAAACCCGCGAGAAGAAAGUGAGUCUACAGGAAAAAGCCAAGUUGCCAGCUGAAGAGCAUCCGAAGGACUCUGAAGUCCCAUCGUCCUCUGGGGUUGACUCCACAAAACUACAGGACAGUGAAGGGGAAACAUCAGAUGGAGUGAGUAAAUCAGUUCACAAGGUCUUUGCUUCCAUGCUUGGAGAGAAUGAAGAUGAGGAAGAGGAAGAGGAGGAGGAGGAAGAGGAGGAGGAGGAAGAAACACCUGAGCAACCCACAGCAGGCGAUGUAUUUGUGUUGGAGAUGGUUCUGAAUCGUGAAACCAAGAAAAUGAUGAAAGAGAAAAGACCUCGGAGUAAACUUCCCAGAGCUCUGAGAGGUCUCAUGGGAGAAGCCAAUAUCCGCUUUGCUCGAGGAGAGCAUCAGGAGGCAGUGUUGAUGUGCAUGGAAAUCAUAAGACAAGCUCCUCUAGCUUAUGAGCCAUUUUCUACUCUUGCCAUGAUAUAUGAAGACCAAGGUGACAUGGACAGAUCACUGCAGUUUGAGUUGAUUGCUGCACAUUUAAAUCCCAGCGACACAGAGGAAUGGGUUAGAUUGGCAGAAAUGUCUCUGGAACGAGACAAUAUCAAGCAGGCUAGUUUUUGCUAUACAAAAGCUCUUAAAUAUGACCCUACUAAUAUCCGUUACCUGUGGGAGCGAUCAAGUCUUUAUGAACAGAUGGGUGAUCAUAAAAUGGCCAUGGAUGGCUAUAGGCGUAUUUUAAAUCUUUUGUCUCCAUCGGAUGGAGAGCGUUUUAUGCAAUUGGCUAGAGAUAUGGCAAAGAGUUACUAUGAAGCUAAUGAUGUUACUUCGGCUAUUAAUGUAAUUGAAGAAGCUUUCUCAAAACACCAGGGGCUUGUCUCCAUGGAAGAUGUUAACAUAGCAGCUGAACUGUAUAUUUCUAACAAGCAGUAUGACAAAGCAUUAGAGGUCAUUACCGAUUUUUCUGGAAUUACGCUGGAAAAGAAAAUUGCAGAAGAUGGCACCUUGGAAGAGAAUAAAGAUGGUGAGAGUGUUAUCUACACUAUACCUGAUAGUGUGCCAAUAGACAUCACAGUGAAGCUGAUGGUCUGCCUUGUGCAUCUCAAUAUCUUUGAACCACUUAAUCCGCUCCUGACAACCCUGGUGGAACAGAAUCCUGAAGAUAUGGGAGACCUGUAUCUAGAUGUUGCUGAAGCCUUUCUGGACGUGGGUGAAUACAAUUCUGCCCUGCCUCUCCUCAGUGCACUAGUUUGCUCUGAAAGAUACAAUCUUGCCGUGGUUUGGCUUCGGCAUGCAGAAUGUUUAAAGGCUUUGGGUUACAUGGAACGUGCUGCCGAAAGCUAUGGUAAAGUCGUUGAUCUGGCUCCCCUCCAUUUGGAUGCAAGAAUCUCACUUUCUACCCUUCAGCAGCAGCUGGGCCGUCCUGAGAAAGCUCUAGAAGCUUUGGAACCAAUGUAUGAUCCAGAUACUUUAGCACAGGAUGCAAAUGCUGCACAGCAGGAGCUGAAAUUAUUGCUUCAUCGUUCUACUCUGUUGUUUUCACAAGGCAAAAUAUAUGGUUAUGUGGAUGCCUUACUUACCAUGUUGGCCAUGCUUUUAAAGGUAGCAAUGAAUAGAGCUCAGGUCUGCUUGAUAUCAAGUUCCAAAUCUGGAGAGAGGCAUCUCUACCUCAUUAAAGUAUCGAGAGACAAAAUAUCAGACAGCAACGAGCAAGAGACUGCCAACUGCGAUGCAAAAGCAAUAUUUGCUGUACUCACAAACGUCUUGACAAAAGAUGACUGGUGGAACCUUUUGUUGAAGGCCAUAUACUCCUUAUGUGACCUAUCCCGAUUUCAAGAGGCUGAGUUACUUGUAGAUUCUUCAUUGGAAUAUUAUUCAUUUUAUGAUGACAGGCAAAAACGCAAAGAACUAGAAUAUUUUGGUCUAUCUGCUGCAAUUCUGGACAAAAAUUUCAGAAAAGCAUACAACUAUAUCAGGAUAAUGGUAAUGGAAAAUGUUAAUAAGCCCCAGCUCUGGAACAUAUUUAAUCAAGUUACCAUGCACUCCCAAGAUGUACGGCAUCAUCGCUUCUGUCUCCGUUUAAUGUUGAAAAACCCAGAUAAUCAUGCCCUGUGUGUCUUAAAUGGGCACAAUGCAUUUGUGUCUGGAAGCUUUAAGCAUGCACUUGGACAGUACGCGCAGGCUUUUCGCACCGAUCCCAAUGAACCUCUGUAUAGCCUUUGCAUAGGCCUAACCUUCAUCCAUAUGGCAUCUCAGAAGUGUGUGUUAAGACGGCAUGCUCUGAUUGUGCAGGGGUUUUCCUUUCUUAACCGUUACCUCAGUAUCCGUGGACCCUGCCAAGAAUCGUUCUACAAUUUAGGCCGUGGCCUUCAUCAACUGGGGCUGAUGCAUCUUGCAAUCCACUACUACCAGAGGGCCCUGGAGCUCCCUCCGCUUGUGGUCGAGGGCAUAGAAGCUGACCAGUUAGACUUACGGAGAGACAUUGCCUACAACCUGUCCCUUAUUUACCAGAGCAGCGGGAACACUGCGAUGGCUCAGAAGCUUUUGUACACUUACUGUUCUAUAUGAAGACCCUCGGCUGGAAAAGGAACAUUUGGCAGCUGCUGGAGGUGGACCAGUGUCUUCUGUCUCAGGGCUUAGGAGUCUUAUUGUCUCCAAAAGGGAGACAACCUGCAGUGUUUGCUAACUGUACUUCAUUUUUUCUAUGUGAUAGUGGUGUUUGCCUGAUGUUCAAACUGUCAUUCCUACAAGAACGUGCAUCUUAUGGUAACAUUGCCCCCUGUACUGAAAUGGACAGUUUUAGUCUUUGGCCCACCUUGAUGUUGAAAAUGCCACUGUUUAAUAUUUACUCAUCUGCGUUUAAUACUCUGUUAAAUACCUACAAUGUACUAGGCAGUUUGACAGGUGGUGGAAUGAUGGCAGUACGACAGAUAGGUCUUGUCUUUAGUACUUAAAAAUACAUUACUGACUUGGCAAUAAUUUACCACCCCAUGUAAAUUUUUUACAUACACAAACAUGUUUACUCGCUUGGGAUGUGUACGGCAUUUCUACAACCUGCUUCAUUGCUGUCAGUCAUCCUUUCAUGGAGCCCAGUUACAGGAAACAUCUCGUCAGUGUGGCACAGGUGACUGCUCACUAAAGGAAAAACACAUUGAAACUCUAGCAGGGCAAGACAAUUACCUGUUAAUUAUUUAAACUGGCUAGAGGGCGGCAGGACAAUUGAUUUAAUCAUUUAGUUUUCGCUUGCACAUAGCUACAUAGGCCGUGAGCCUUGGGAGGCUGGGCUUCAUUCAAAAUAUACUUUGCUGAGGCCAAUUCAAAAAUGUAUUUUAACAGCAGUGGAAAGGGGUAUCAUGCUCAGGAAUACAACAUGGUUUUGAUUUCAAGGUCACCAGGCAUGUAGGCAAGACUGGGAGAACUGUGUGGAACAAAGCAUUGCUGAUACAGCAAACACACAGCGUUAUUCAUCUGACAUACUUUAUGUCUUGAAUUUAAGAUAAUCUGUAACAGCCUUUUAGGGGAAGCAAAUAUUUAAUCAAUGUGCAUAUGCAUUGUAAGAUCCAGUCCAACUGUGGGAGGGAAAUAAGAGACUUAAGAUGAUAGGAAUACAAUGUGAGUUUUUAAGAAUUCUUACCACUUUAUAUGUAACUUACUGGUGGAAAAGCAAAAUUUGUAUGUAAUAAGUAAAUGUAAAUUUUAUUUUUAUAAUCAAGAUUGCUUCACCUGUUUGUAUUUAUUUCAUGCCUUUUGUAGGUAAUCAAGCUAACUGUAAUAGAUUUGUUGGAUUUAUUAGAAUUCUGUGUUCAAGAAUUUCUCUCCUCAAUUACACUCGCUGUAGUGAGUCUAGCAUCUCCCCAAGCCUGGAGACACGUUCUAGCAGCCUUCCAGUGGAACAGAAGGCUACACUGCCUAGGUUGUUCAUCAUGCUUCCUGCAUUUGCUGGUAAAUACAGCAUUGAUAUCUUUAGGUGUUACUAUGGCUGCUUUGUUACCUUGAGCUUGUCUGGAGGAUAAAUAACGUGGAUAGCGUGCCACUUCCUGCUCUCAGACGUUCCCUGCAGAUAAAAACUGGACAUAAGUUUGUCUUAGAGCAGGAAAACUGGCUGUUACAAGUCUCUUAGAAAACAUCUGUGGAGGAAUUUUUUCAAAACUCCUAUCCACUCUCCUAGGUGCCUUUCUGGUCUCAGCAGUGGGACCCUGAGGUGAAUUCUGCCUCAGCUCCUGAGCCAAGCUGGACCGACCCAGCGUUUCCCCUCUACUCCAGGAACUUCUGAAUUGAGACAAUCUUUCUGGGGGCUGGAAACUCAGAACAGUUAGCCAACUCCUUGGAGACAGAAUAGUGAGGCUUAUGCAUGAAAAGAAAUGAAGAUGAGAGCUAGGGACAACUACUCCGGAUUCUCAAAUUUUUCCAGCUUUCAGUUCCAUCCUUUGUAAGGCCAAGUUCAUUUGUACCCUAAGGUUCAUUCUUUAAGAUAUUCUUGAUGUUAUGAUAGCAUCCAUUUUAAUGUUUACAAUAGCCUUGAAUUUUUCUGUCAGUACCAAAAAAAUCCCAACUGACCUACUACUAUUCUGUCUUCCUUUUCAUUUAGUAUUGUUUCAUAGCUUUUUCACCAGGACAGGUACAUAUAAUUUAUUGUUUAAUUGUAAGUAGUGCCACAGGGCUUUGGAAAGUGUUCACGGAAAGUAGGACUGUGUCUACUUUUUGGUGAUGUAAUCAAGACUGUGGUGCUCCUUGCAGUAGUCAGUACCACAAGUUAGUAUCAGAGCACAGGCUAAUGCUGUGAACAGCACAAUAAAUACUAAACAGGAGAGAAAAGCACGUACGGCUUACUGCCCCUGACAGGUAAGGAUGUGCUAACGGAGACUACCAACUGGGCCCACAGCCUCAAGCCAACCAUUGUCAUGAAUUGGGAAGUAAUUUUCAGGGCAAUCUAGAGAAGAUGAUCAAGUAAGUACUUGAAGUGGACAGAGGUGCAUUCUGGAGAGCACCUGAGCAUGCUGGUCCUGGCUUGGUUCUCAUCAAUUAGUAGGUGGGACCAGCUGUGCUCCUUACAGGACUCGCUCUUUGUUCCUACAAAAAAAUACUAGAUUGGAAGCUCAGGGAACUCCUGUUUUUUUUAAUGUUUCUGGAUUUCAGAGAGACUGGGAAAGUUGUCCAUGAUUUGCUGUGGAAUCAAAGACAAAAUGUUCUGCGACUCAUUCAGAUAAUCAAACCCAAAGAAUGAAUGUUGGAUUGAUGCAACUGGAAAGAAACUGAGAACAAUAUGCUACCAUGUUCAUUUACAACAACAGUUUAGGUGAAAUAUAAGAGGCUGUCAGA